AUGACCACUCCAGUAUGGGACUUCUCCAACGCCUUGUGGAAAACUUUCGGUUUCGACGAUCUCUCUAAAUUUACUUUCGAUGGAGCCGUUUUAAGUACACGACAAGAAGCUGCUACCUACUUUGUUCUCUACCUUUCGAUCGUCUUGGGCGGUCAGCAUUUGAUGAAACAAGUGGCCAAGCCCUUUAGAUUCCAAACAAUCUUCUUCUGGCACAAUGCUCUGCUAUCAUUCUGCUCGGCCUGGUUGCUAGCUGGCUAUUUGGAAAUCUUGGUUCCCAUGCUAUGGAACAAGGGUCUCUUCCAUGCCAUGUGCAGUGCCGAUGCUUACACUCAACGAUUGGAAGUUUUAUACUACAUCAACUACUUGUUCAAGUACUACGAACUCAUCGACACUCUCUUCUUGGUCUUGAAGAAGAAGCCACUUGAAUUCUUGCACGUCUACCACCACGGUGCUACCAUGCUCUUGUGCUUUAUCGAACAAGAAGGCAGAACUCCAGUCUCAUGGGUCGUCAUCACCUUGAACUUGUUUGUUCACGUCAUUAUGUACUACUACUACGCCAUGAUGGCCUUACCCAACGCCAAGCCAAUCUGGUGGAAGAAGCACUUGACUACCAUGCAAAUCACUCAAUUCAUUGUUGACUUGUGUGCCGUCUACUUUGCUACUGGUACAAUCUACGCCAACAGAUACUUCCCCAACUCAUACUUCCCCUUCAAAAUCCCAACAAUGGGUGAAUGUGCCGGCUCCCUUGAAGCUGCCAACACUGGUUGUUUCGUCUUGUCCUCCUACUUGGUCUUGUUCAUCCAAUUCUUUAUCAAGACCUACUCUGACAAGAAGAGAGCUCAAAAGGAAAAGGCUGCCAACAAGCUCGCCAUGGAAAAGAUUGCCGCCUUGAAUGGUGCUCCAGCUGCUGUUCCAGUCGCUGCCCAUUAA